CCCUUUGAGGCAUCUCUAACCUCAGAGACACAGAAUCCCAAAGUGAAUGGAGACGCAAGGGAUUUCCCUGUCUUAAGAUCAGUUCUACAAGCCUCGACCACCCAUCGGGUCGGGGGAAGUGUGGACAAUGGCUGGGUAAAGAAGAGGAGAAAGAUAAACCCGUUCCAUUUACCCGCGGGCCUGAAAGCCAUCAGCCUUCCUCUCACGUAGACGCGCGGAAACACUACCGAGUUGAAAGCCCCUUUCGCUCCCUUCCUAGAGCGGCCGCGGAAGUGUGCCCCGCGCGGGCUGGUUCUUAGACCCCCGUGGCCGCUUCCGGCCUUUGUGGGUCACUUUUGAUGGGUUCCGGGUCCCAAAAGGGUUCGAGGCCUCUUGCCUUCGCUUCGUAGGAGGGAGUUCUCUUUUGGCCCUGGGGGCCGCAGGACUGUCCAGGAAUACAUUUUCCAGGUGAGAUCUUACUUGAAACACCAGUAGUUCUAGCACAGCUAAAAUGGCAUCUACUUGGGCUAUCCAGGCCCACAUGGACCAGAAUGAACCUUUGGAAGUAAAGAUAGAGGAAGAGAAAUAUACCACCAGACAGGAUUGGGACCUGCGUAAAAACAACACCCAUAGCAGAGAGGUCUUCCGUCAGUACUUCAGACAGUUCUGCUACCAGGAGACAUCUGGUCCCCGUGAGGCUUUGAGCCGACUCCGAGAACUUUGCCAUCAGUGGCUGAGGCCAGAGACCCACACCAAAGAACAGAUUCUGGAGCUGCUGGUGCUGGAGCAGUUCCUGACCAUCCUACCUGAGGAGCUCCAGGCCUGGGUGCAGGAGCAGCAUCCAGAGAGUGGGGAGGAGGUGGUGACUGUGCUGGAGGAUUUAGAGAGAGAACUGGAUGAACCAGGAGAGCAGGUCUCAGUCCACACUGGGGAACAGGAAAUGUUCUUGCAGGAGAUGGUACCUCUACGAAAAGAAGGAGAACCCAGUAUGUCCCUCCAGUCCAUGAAAGCCCAGCCAAAGUAUGAAUCUCCAGAACUUGAAUCCCAACAGGAGCAAGUUUUAGAUGUUGAGACUGGAAAUGAGUAUGGGAAUUUAAAGCAAGAAGUUUCUGAAGAAAUGGAACCACAUGGGAAUACAUCCAGUAAAUUUGAAAAUGAUAUGUCCAAGUCUGCUAGGUGUGGAGAAACUCGUGAACCUGAAGAAAUAACAGAAGAGCCCUCUGCUUGCUCCAGAGAAGAUAAACAACCUACCUGUGAUGAAAAUGGAGUAAGCCUGACUGAGAACUCUGACCAUACUGAACAUCAGAGAAUCUGUCCAGGAGAAGAAUCUUAUGGAUGUGAUGACUGUGGAAAAGCUUUUAGUCAGCACUCAUACCUCAUAGAACAUCAGAGGAUCCAUACUGGAGACAGACCCUACAAAUGCGAAGAAUGUGGAAAAGCUUUCCGUGGGAGAACUGUGCUUAUUCGACACAAAAUAAUACACACUGGAGAGAAACCGUAUAAGUGUAAUGAGUGUGGCAAAGCCUUUGGCCGGUGGUCAGCUCUUAACCAACAUCAGAGACUUCACACAGGAGAAAAACACUAUCACUGUAAUGACUGUGGCAAAGCCUUUAGUCAGAAAGCAGGCCUCUUUCACCAUAUCAAGAUCCACACAAGAGACAAACCUUACCAGUGCACUCAGUGUAAUAAAAGUUUUAGUCGGCGUUCCAUACUUACUCAGCAUCAAGGAGUUCAUACCGGCGCCAAGCCCUAUGAGUGCAACGAGUGUGGAAAAGCCUUUGUUUAUAACUCAUCCCUCGUUUCCCAUCAGGAAAUCCACCACAAAGAAAAAUGCUAUCAGUGUAAGGAAUGUGGGAAAUCCUUCAGUCAGAGUGGCCUUAUUCAGCAUCAGAGAAUUCACACUGGGGAAAAACCCUACAAAUGUGACGUAUGUGAAAAAGCCUUUAUUCAAAGGACAAGUCUUACAGAACAUCAGCGAAUUCACACUGGAGAAAGACCCUAUAAAUGUGAUAAGUGUGGGAAGGCGUUUACUCAAAGAUCAGUCCUCACGGAACAUCAGAGAAUCCACACUGGAGAGAGGCCCUACAAGUGUGAUGAGUGUGGGAAUGCCUUCCGAGGAAUCACCAGCCUCAUUCAGCAUCAGAGAAUCCACACUGGGGAGAAGCCCUACCAAUGUGAUGAGUGUGGAAAAGCCUUCAGACAGAGGUCAGAUCUUAGUAAACACCAGAGAAUCCAUAAUAGAGGUGGUCCCUAUGUAUGUAAAGAGUGUGGGAAAUCAUUCAGGCAGAACUCAGCUCUUAUUCAACAUCAGACUAUCCACAAAGGAGAAAAAUCUGUUUCUGUGUGAUGACUACAGGGAAGUUAUCUCACAGAGUUCAGGCCGGUGAGAAAUACUAUUUAGCUUUACAAUUAUUGGGGCAAAACUUCAGUCACCAUUGUUAUAAGGAAACCUCAGAUAUUUAAUAAGAAUUCACUGUGUGCUGCCCAUUGUACUAGGUGCUGUGGAGAAGAAGAAGAUAACCCCAAACUCUUUUCUCAGAGAGUUUGUAGCCUAGUUUGGGAUAGAUAAGAUCCACAUAUUUAGUCAUAUAAGACUACAGGAGAGUAGAAUAGAUGCACCAGAUGGUGUCGAAUGAAAGUGGUACUUUGUAGACUGUAAGUGCUGUAAAUUCUAAAGGACAGGUUACUUUUGCCUGGAGUGGUCAAGAAAGAUUUUAUUUAAAAUAAGGAUUUGAUGGGCAGACUUAGCAGUCAAAAGGGAGAAAGCGGGUAAAACAAAUGUAAGCCAACGUAAGAGUGCAUGUGGUUUGGAAGCAUCAGGGAAAAGACUAGCCAACCUGAAGUAAAAGGUUCAUGCAAAUUGGGCAAUCAAUAGCAUUAAGUUGGAAACAGCUUGGGGACAGACACAUAAGAGGGCCAGAGUGUGAAUAAUUUCAUCUAAUACUUUAUAGCACUUGGACAUUUACAGAGCACUUUUCUCAAUUCCUAAAAUACCUUGGUAAAUCAAAAGCAUUCUCCAUUUUAAAAAUGAGAAUACUCUUGCCUAUGGAGAUGGCAACAUAGCUAUAAUCCCACACAAAGAAAAAGACCAGUAACCUAAGUGCAGGUCUGUUGACUUCUAGUCCUGGCCAUUACUCUAGUGAUCCUCCAACUUUGAUGAACAUCAAAAUCACGUUUGGAGCUUGUUUAACAUCCCUGAAUCCCACUCACGUUCUGCUUCAUUAGGCCUAGGAUGGGAGUUGAGAAUCUUCAUUUUUAUAGCUCCACAGUUACUUAAUAUACUUUAAAAUUUGAGAAACGUUGAGUUGAAUGACAGCUGACUUCAUGGCUGUCUGUGAAGUGGGGAAGCCUGAACACAGUCCUAUAAACUAAAGGCCACCGCAGACUUUUAGCACAAGGAGAUCCUUACAGGGAACAUGUGCCAUCAGCUCUUUGGAGUGAACAAGGAAUUAGACCCCCAUCAUGCCAAAAAACUGGGAUUUUUAGGUGGUCUUUCCAUCCCUUCAGAUUUAAGUAUUCAAAGAAAGAGAGACAGACCUACAUUCCAAGGGUCUUCUGAGUGCAAGGCCUUGUGUUGUUUGUUUAUUUAGGGGAGGGCCUGGUGCUCUUCUCUGUUUUAUGCUUUACCUUCUUUUAUGUCUCAGAUCUCAUGUUAGCACUAUGUUCUGAAUUCCCUAAUAAUUGCUCUUGAGAACUGAUUUACAUUUUGUUGGUUUGUUUACUUCUUGAGCACAUAAAAGGACCCCAAAUUAGAGAUACUAUCCCUUGGGCUUCUGAAAAAUGAAUCAACCAAAACUGGUUGACUCUAACCUUGCCUUGCUGAGUAAAAAUUCUGCUUUGGAUGAGAACCUGUCUUGAUUAUUUUAGUGGACAACAGACAAGCCACAUGGAAGUACACAUGGCUCCUGAUCUGUCUUUUUAUUUACAGAAAUCAUUCUUAAUCUCUACUGAGAUGGCCUGUUAUUUCCUUCCUUUUCUACCCUGCCACAGCAAACUCCACAAUUUCUGGGACUAACUUCCUACUACACCCCAACACAACUCCAGUCCUCUCUUCUCUUCACACUUCUAGCUGGUUAGUGGGUUUGAAGUGGUGAGACAGUGACAAAAGGGGAAGGGGAAAAAUAAAAGAAGGGUAAUCUGCAUUCUUCCUUAGUAAGUCCCACUCCUAAUUACCUUUCUACACAGCCCUGUGUCUUUGUCCCAUCUUCUUUUCACUCCUGUAAUAUAUUCCCCACCCCCAUUUUCUUAGUGCCCCUGUCUCUUGCCUCUCUAGCCAUAAGCCCUGUAAAGAAUUUCAUCCCUGGGUUGGAACUAGAAGCGUCUCUGGUCCUAUAGGAAUAUUAUGUUUCUAGCUAAGUUGUAAAUAUGAACACAUAUUCCCACAGAAGUCAUAAUGGUAUAAGUAUUAUAAUUCGGUAUAUUAGGUGUCAAAUUGGCUUCUGGGAUUGGAACUUACAUGACUUUCUGUGUGGAAAAACCUUGAGUUCACAAGAGAGAAAGGCAAAUUAACAGUUGAAAAACAACUUACUCAUAAGUUGAGGAUUGCUUAGUUAGGCUUUUUUCAUAACCCCACCAUUGGAGUUGCACACAUGAGGCACUGAGGCAACUGGGAUUGGAAACCUAGUUUUUUUCCUCCAGGAAACAAGGAACCCAGAGUGAGUCUGGGAGCUCUGUAGCUCUAAGUAUGUGAGGCCUAUGCUCUACCUAAGUUUACCCUGCCUCCCAUUUCUCACAUAAUGAGAAUGCAAACUUGUAACCAAACCAAGGUUCAGCUGCUUGCGGCUCCAAAGCCAAAACUCGGGAGAGAAGAAAAUUGGUGCGAGGAAAAGCAGAUUUAUUCGGAGAGCCAGCAAACUGAGAUGAUGGUAGACUACUGUCCUAAAGUACCAUCUGAAGUCAGUACAAAUGUUGGGCUCGGCUCUUUUUAUGUUAAGGGCAAAGGGAAGAGGACAGAGUUGGGAUGAAGAGGUGACCUAUGACCACAGACAUCUGGGCGCCAGCAAGAGUCCAAGGAGGUUGGGAACUUCUUUGUCAUUGGUUGGGUCACAAUGCUUCUGCAAAUCUUCAACAAAACAUAAUUGUUAUACAUACUUCUUUAAUCCCAGAGUUAGUUUUUAAAACUACAUGAUUGCUGUUGUUGCAUAUUAUCUCUGCUCUAAAAUUAGCCUACAUGGAGGAAUAGGUAAAGGGUCCUUAAACAAAAAUGGAGUUAGUUAUGUUAGUUCUUUUGCUGUUUCACUGUUAGAAACUCUUCUCAGUGGAGGGGACUUUACUUAGUGAUGAGAACCUGUGUGAGAAUGUUCUCCUUACCAAACAUGCUAUGCAUACUCCUUAUCUAAUCUGAUUUUAUAGACUUGUUAUCCAAACUGAAAUUACUGUUCAUAGUAACUUCAGAGCCUCUCUUUUAAUCUGACUGCUCACUGGAAUGCAAUCGUUGUUUUAAACUUGCCUUCUACUCCUCUGAGUGCCUUUACUUGGGAUCUUUCCAGUUCAUUUUCUGCUUAAUAUGUUCUGUCAUUGCGCACAUUCCUCCAUUUGCCUUUCUGCACACUACUUAAUCUUUCUUAUAUACCUAAUAUUAUAAAGGGACCAUAAACAAAGACUCAGAACAAUGGAAUAUGCCUAUUAUAGGAGGGUACAGUUCAUACUUGUUUAAAAAUAAAUGUGGAGGCUGGGUGCAGUGGCUGACGCUUAUAAUCCCAGCACUUUGGGAGGCGGAGGUGGGCAGAUCACGAGGUCAGGAGGUUGAGACCAUCUUGACAAUGUGGUGAAACCCUGUCUCCACUAAAAAUACAAAAAUUAACCGGGCGUUGUGGCACAUGCCUGUAAUCCCAGCUACUCGGGAGGCUGAGGCAGGAGAAUCGCUUGAAUCCGGGAGGUGGAGGUUGCAGUGAGCUGAGAUGGCACCACUGCUCUCCCGCCUGGUGACAGAGCAAGACUCCAUCUCAACAUAAAAUAAAAUAAAAAUAAAAA